CACCAGCUACUUAUUAUUCUUAACCACCUUUCAUUUCGUUCCUCGCUAGCUGCUACCUUUUCUCCUUCAUAAAACACAGCAGAAAUUCAGAAAACAAAAUUAUCGUACGACCAAAAGAAAGUGAAAAAAGAUGACAUCAAACUUGAGUAACAACAACGAUCUUGACGAUCCAAUGGCCAUGAUUUCUGAGUACUAUUCUGGCGUCUACACCCAUCUUGUACCGGAACAAGUGGAGGCGAAGCCGCGGCGGAGACGGCGGAAGAGCAAGGCCGGGGACGGCGGUGUUGAGAUGAUGAUGAGGAAACGGAAGCUGAGUGACGAACAAGUGAAGCUGUUAGAGCAGAGCUUCUGGGAUGAGCAUAAGCUGGAGACGGGGAGGAAGGACCGGCUGGCGUCGGAGCUCGGGCUCGACCCUCGCCAAGUGGCGGUUUGGUUCCAGAACCGCCGUGCACGGUGGAAGAGCAAGAGGAUUGAGGAAGAGUACUCUAAACUCAAAUCGGAACACGAAACCGCCGUCGUCGAAAAAUGCCGCCUUGAAGCUCAGGUGUUGAAGUUGAAGGAACAGCUGUCCGAUGCGGAGAAGAAGAUACAGAGGCUGUCGUUGGAGCUGUUGGACGGGGCGUCGGCCGCCGCAAGCCCGAGCUCGUCGUCGUUUUCGAUGGUGUCGUCGCCGCCGUUUCUGGGAGAUGAGUUCAUGACGGGAAGUUUUGACAACGUGUUCUACGUGCCGGAAUGGGACAAUCUUUACAUAUGAUGAUGCCGGCCAGCGCAGCAAGCAAAACCUUAAAACUAGCUAAGCUAGAUAUGGAUGGUGGAUUAAGAUGAUGAUGUAGAUAUAGUAAAAAUAUAUAUUUAUAAUAAUGACCCAACAAUUUAUGUACAUCCUUUGAUCGAUCUCCUGUUAUGUUGGCCUAGAAUGUCUGGGUGUUUGAGGGUUAGUUUCAGAAGAAGCAGAAGUGGGUAGUGUAGUGUAAGUGUUAGUGUGAUUUGACUGGGAAGCUAAGUGGGAAGUAGCAAUUCAGAUAUAUGGAUGGAUGAUGGAGUUUGGCUUUUUUGACUAAAAUGCUUAUUGCUAUACUUUCUGUUCCAUCAUCACACCCAUAAAUGCUUCCCCACUCUUGUCUCA